UUAUUCCCCCCCUCCCAUCUUCCCCCUUCGGAUCCGAACUCCCCCACGAACGCCACCGCCACAAUUUGAAACCCUAGCCCGCCGCACCGAUCCGGGCACGGCGAUUGCAUUGGCGGCCCCCCUCGUCUCUCUAGCGGCGGCGGCGGCGGCCGGCCAUGUCGACCGAGGACGAGAAGCUCCUCAAGGAGGCCAAGAAGCUGCCGUGGGACGAGCGGCUGCAGCACAAGAACUGGAAGGUGCGCAACGACGCCAACAUCGACCUCGCCGCGCUCUGCGACUCCAUCACCGACCCCAAGGACGCGCGCCUCCGCGAGUUCGCUCCGCUGUUCAAGAAGGCGGUUUCGGAUUCCAACGCGCCCGUGCAGGAGAAGGCGCUCGACGCCCUGCUAGCGUUCCAGCGAGCCGCGGAUGCCGAUGUAUCCAGGUAUGCCAAAGAGGUGUGCGACGCCAUUUGUGCCAAGUGCCUCACUGGUCGGCCCAAGACUGUCGAGAAGGCUCAAGCCGCAUUCCUACUUUGGGUGGAGCUGGAGGCGUCAGAGGUCUUCCUUGAAUCUAUGGAGAAAGCUGUAAAGAAUAAAGUGGCAAAAGCUGUUGUACCUGCUAUUGAUGUUAUGUUUCAAGCACUUAGUGAAUUCGGAGCUAAGGUUGUACCACCCAAAAAGAUUCUAAAGAUGCUUCCUGAGCUAUUCGAUCAUCCAGAUCAGAACGUUCGGGCUUCUUCCAAGGGUUUGACGCUUGAACUUUGUCGAUGGAUUGGCAAGGAGCCUGUUAAGUCAAUUUUGUUCGAGAAAAUGAGAGAUACAAUGAAAAAAGAAUUGGAAGCAGAACUAUCAAACGUUUCGGGGAUUGCUAGGCCAACUCGCAAGAUAAGAUCCGAACAAGAAAAGGAGCUUGAGGAGGAAGCUGUACCAGAGACAACAGGCGCCAGUACCUGUGACGACGCAGUGCCAGAUGCCCCUAUGGAGAUCGAUGAAUAUGAUCUUGUUGACCCUGUGGAUAUUUUAACUCCACUUGAAAAAUCUGGAUUUUGGGAUGGCGUGAAAGCAACUAAAUGGUCUGAAAGAAGGGACGCUGUGGCAGAGCUCACUAAGCUUGCUUCAACAAAGAAAAUUGCUCCUGGUGAUUUUAAUGAAGUUUCACGAACUCUUAAAAAGCUUGUUACAGAUGUUAAUUUGGCUGUUGCAGUGGAAGCUACUCAAGCAAUAGGGAAUUUAGCUAAAGGUUUAAGAACUCAUUUUUCUGGAAAUUCACGGAAUCUGCUUCCUGUUUUACUUGAAAAAUUGAAAGAGAAAAAAGCAACUAUGACAGAAGCACUGACUCAGACGCUUGAAGCAAUUCAUAAGGCUGGCUGUAUCACUCUUCUUGAUGUGAUUGAUGAUAUUCGGGUGGCUGUAAAAAACAAGGUCCCUCUUGUUCGAUCGUUAACGUUGAACUGGGUUGCAUUUUGCAUUGAAACAAGCAAUAAGGCAACUGUCCUAAAGUUGCACAAGGAAUACGUUCCUAUCUGCAUGGAGUGCUUGAAUGAUAGCACCCCUGAAGUUCGGGAUUCUUCAUUUUCUGUUUUGACUGCCAUAGCUAAGAUGGUUGGUAUGAAACCUUUGGAACGGUCCCUGGAGAAAUUAGACGAUGUGAGGAAAAAGAAACUGUCAGAUAUGAUUGGUUCUGCCACUGAUACUGUUUUAAGUUCAGCACCUGCCUCAACUUCAGGAGCCGCCACAUCUGCUCGCGAGGUUACAGAUAGCUCAUCAAUGAGGAGAUCUGCUGCAAGCAUGCUUAGUGGAAAGAAGACUGUCCAUGCAGUGGCUGCGACUAAGAAAUCCGGACCUGCAAAAUCAACCGGUACAAAAAAGACAGAUGGUGGACAACAAUCAAAGGCCUCUGCUGCUGCUGAGGUUGAAGAUGUUGAGCCUGCUGAGAUGAGUUUGGAAGAAAUAGAGGAGAGAUUAAAUUCUACCGUGAAAACGGAGACAAUUUCCCAGCUAAAGAGCACUGUCUGGAAAGAGCGCCUUGAAGCUAUUGGCAUCCUAAAGCAGGAUGUGGAAAAUCUCACAGAACUCGACAAAUCUGCUGAACUCCUUGUUCGUUUGUUAUGUGCUGUACCUGGAUGGAGUGAAAAAAACGUGCAGGUUCAGCAACAAGUUAUAGAGGUCAUCACCUACAUUGCCUCUACUGUAAAGAAGUUUCUAAAGCGAUGUGUUGUUCUAUGCCUUCUUGGCAUAAGUGAAAAGGUUGCUGAUAUAAAAACUCGAGCACCUGCAAUGAAAUGUCUCACCGCGUUUUGUGAGGCAGUUGGGCCAGGAUUUGUGUUUGAUAGGUUAUAUAAAAUAAUGAAAGAGCACAAGAACCCGAAGGUUCUCAGUGAGGGUAUUCUUUGGAUGGUAUCUGCCGUCGAAGACUUUGGGAUUUCCAAUUUGAAACUAAAGGAUAUAAUUGAUUUCUGCAAAGACACCGGUCUGCAAUCAAGCGCUGCUGCAACUAGAAAUGCAACUAUUAAACUGAUUGGUGUGCUGCAUAAGUUUGUAGGACCAGACAUCAAAGGCUUCUUGAGUGAUGUCAAACCGGCACUUCUCAGUGCUCUCGAUGCUGAAUAUGAAAAGAAUCCAUUUGAGGGUGCUGCUGCUCCUCCAAAAAGAACAGUUAGAGCUUUGGAUACUGCAUCGUCUUCAUCUGGUGCCUCAUCAGAUGGGCUGCCGAGGGAAGACAUAAGUUCUAAGAUAACACCUACUUUACUGAAAAAUUUGGGAAGCCCAGACUGGAAGGUAAGGCUGGAGUCCAUUGAAGCAGUCAACAAAAUUGUGGAGGAGGCCCAUAAGCGCAUUCAGCCGACCGGCACAGCGGACCUGUUCACAGCUCUAAGAGGCCGUCUUAAUGACAGUAAUAAAAAUCUAGUAAUGGCGACCUUGUCGACGAUUGGUGGUCUUGCAUCUGCUAUGGGCCCUUCCGUUGAAAAAUCAAGCAAGGGUAUUUUGGCAGACGUGCUGAAGUGUAUUGGUGACAAUAAGAAGCACAUGCGAGAGUGCACAUUGACUGCUCUAGAUUCCUGGGUUGCUGCUGCUCAACUUGAUAAGAUGGUUCCUUAUAUUACGGUAGCUUUGGGUGAUCAGAAAUGUGGUUCAGAAGGCCGCAAGGAUCUUUUUGAUUGGUUGUCUAAGCAUGUUUCAAAAUUGAGUGAUCCUGCUGAGUCUUUGCCUUUAUUGAAGCCGUCUGCAUCCUCUUUGAUGGAUAAAUCAUCUGAAGUCCGCAAAGCUGCUGAGACAUUUAUGAAUGAAAUUCUCAAGAUCUGCGGCCAAGCAGUGGUGGCAAAGAACUUGAGGGAUUUACCAUCCCCUACUAUGGCCAUUGUAGCAGAGCGUUUGAAACUGUCCAAUGUACACGAAGGAUUAUCUGAUUCUGUGAAGAUGGUGACAACAAGCAUAAGUUUGCCAUCAAAAGGUGGUUUGAAGAACGCCAAGCAUGGCCCGAAUGAUCGUGGGUCUAAUGUUGGCAAAGCUGCAUCUCAAAGAGGAGUUCCAGCAAGGGCCUCGGUUACUAUGAUUUCUUCCCAAGACUCCUUACAAUCUCAGGCAUUAUUUAACAUUAAGGACUCAAACAAGGAAGAUCGGGAGAGACGUGUUUUGGUACGUAAGUUCAAGUUUGAAGAACCGCGGCGUGAGCAGAUUGAUGAACUGAAGGUUGAUUUAUUUAAGCAUUUCCGAGAAGAUGUUAGUUUGCGGCUAUGGAACUCAGACUUUAAGAGGCAAAUUGAUGGUAUUGAGUUGUUACAAAAGGCACUUCCUUCAAGUGGGAAAGAAGUGGUUGAGCUUCUUGAUAUCUUACUAAGAUGGUUUGUCUUGCGUUUCUGUGAAUCUAACACAACUUGUUUGUUGAAGGUUCUUGACUUUCUACCGGAGCUAUUUGAUGGUCUGAAAGAUCAAUCUUACAUGUUAACGGAAGCAGAAGCUGCAAUCUUCUUGCCUUGCCUUAUAGAGAAGUCUGGUCACAACAUUGAGAAAGUCAGGGAGAAAAUGGGGGAGCUGAUAAAGCAAAUGAUGAAUAUCUACUCUCUUCCAAAACUACUUCCCUAUAUUUUGGAGGGACUGCGCUCCAAGAAUAACCGAACUAGGAUAGAGUGUGUUGAUAUUAUUGGAUAUUUCAUGGAUAAUAACGGGACUGAGGUUGGUGGUUUGUUGAAAAAUUUGCCCUCUGUCGCUGCAUUAACAGCAGAGCGUGAUGGAGAAAUCAGGAAAGCCGCUCUUAAUACGCUUGCCACUGCUUACAAGAACCUUGGGGACGAUGUUUGGCGAUUUGUUGGAAAACUUUCAGAUGCUCAAAGAAGUAUGCUCGAUGAUAGAUUUAAAUGGAAGGCUCGGGAAAUGGACAAGAGGAGAGAAGGAAGGCCUGGUGAUGCUCGAGCAGCUUUGAGACGUUCAGUUAGAGAAAAUGGGUCUGAUGUAGCAGAACAAAGUGGGGAGUUAGUUUCCCGUUCAAUAGCAGGAUCGAUGACCUCAAGGGAAAACUUUGGUUAUGCCGAUGCCCAUAUGGUACCUAGGCAGAUGGCAACAGCAGCAGCUGGUCCUGCAGACUGGCGGGAAGCUCUUGAUAUUGUUGCAUUAGGUUUGCCUGAGCAGUCUGUUGAAGGAAUGAAAGUCAUAUGCCAUGAGCUAACUCAGGCAGUUGACCCUGAAAGCUCUGUGCUUGACGAUCUCAUCAAAGAAGCUGACAGAUUAGUUUCAUGCUUGUCUGUUAUGGUUCCAAAAACCUUUAAUUUCAGCCUAUCUGGUGCUUCUUCAAGGUCUUGCAAAUACGUUUUAAAUACUCUCAUGCAGACUUUCCAGAUCAAACGACUUGCUCAUGCUGUGAAGGAGGGUACCUUAGACAAUCUUAUCACAGAGCUACUACUCUGGCUUUUAGAUGAAAGAGUUCCUCUUAUGGAUGAUGGUAGUCAACUACUCAAGGCUCUUAAUGUUUUGAUGCUUAAAAUCCUGGAUAAUGCUGAGAGAACAUCCUCAUUUGUUGUACUAAUCAACUUACUGAGGCCUUUAGACCCUUCAAGAUGGCCAUGCCCAACUCCAUCAGAGUCCCUUGCUGUAAAAAAUCAGAAGUUCUCAGAUUUAGUUGUCAAAUGUUUAAUUAAAUUGACAAAGGUUCUUCAAAGUACGAUAUACGAAGUUGACCUUGAUCGCAUUCUUCAGAGUGUUCAUAUUUAUUUACAAGAACUUGGGAUGGAAGAGAUACGGAGGAGGGCUGGAGCUGAUGACAAACCACUAAGAAUGGUCAAAACUGUGCUGCAUGAACUUGUAAAGCUUCGAGGUACAGCAAUAAAAGGUCAUCUUUCAAUGGUCCCUAUAGAUGCUGAACCUCAGCCAAUCAUUCUGGCAUACAUUGAUCUUAAUCUUCAGACCCUUGCAGCAGCAAGGAUGUUGACGCCAUCUGGACCUAUGGGCCAAACUCACUGGGGUGACGCUGCAUCGAACAAUGCAAAUCCAUCAGUUCAUUCAACUGAUGCACAAUUGAAGCAAGAGCUUGCUGCAGUAUUCAAGAAAAUUGGUGAUAAGCAAACAUGCACUAUUGGUCUUUAUGAGCUCUACAGGAUAACCCAGCUGUACCCAAAGGUUGAUAUAUUUGCUCAGCUUCAGAAUGCAAGUGAAGCAUUUAGAACGUACAUCAGAGAUGGGCUUGCUCAGGUGGAGAAGAAUGCCGCAGCUGGAAGAACACCCUCUAGUCUUCCAUUAUCAACGCCACCUCCAAUAGCAUCUAUACCUUCUCCAAAAUUCGCACCUUCUCCUGUCCACACAAAAUCGAUAAAUAGCAAAACCGAUUGUAAUGAAGAUGAUCCCUUCAGAGUCCAAGGAGACUCUGAUAUUAGGCUACAAUCUACUGAACAACAGACCGAUAGAUUCCAAUCCUCAGUAGGGACACUGGAUGCUCUCAGGGAAAGAAUGAAAAGCAUGCAAGCUGCAGCUGUAGGAGGUAAUUUUGAUGGAGCUCAUACAAGGCCAUUGGCAAGUAUGAACGGUAAUAUGCUACAUGGGGGGACACGACUGGAUGGUGAACCACAAACACAAAGUAAUAUUCCACCCAUGGACGAGAGAGCAUUAUCUGGGCUGCAAGCACGAAUGGAGAGGCUGAAGAGUGGGUCUAUGGAUCCACUCUAAAUACAGUUGACAGUAUCAUGAUAAAUACCAACCAUUGUAAUUGACUGUAAAUUUGCAGCAUAGUCAUGCUAUUUGUAGAUAGGUAUGUCAGAUGCACUACAUGAUGCGGGGCUGACGUUUUGUUAUCCCCGCGUUCCUGGUCAACCCAUUCUUGCAGAGUUCUCUCCGGUGUAGUUUUAGAUAGCUAGCCAGAUGUUUUGCCUGUAGCUUGCCUCUCGAGGCCCUGAUUAGUGUUUUGACACAUUUUUUUCGACGGUGUUGAGUUUUCUGUGUUGUAUAGCAAUAGAAUCGAGUGAUCUAAGUUAACUGCAUUAAUCAUUUGUGAAAACAUCACUUCGGUGACGAGUACCAUAUUCUUGUAUUGUUGUGAUUUCUAGAAAAUUUCAGUGAUGUGAAACAGAUGGGCUGUGAUUAUUC